AUGAUUUCAGAUGUCGAAUUCACAUUCAGACAUUCUUCUCCAAGUGUUGCGCCUGGAAGGGCGGGAGCGACUGCAGCAGUAGCUGUCGAUCUAUUAGUAUACCCUCUGGAUACCCUUAAAACCCGAUUUCAAAGUCCAGAUUACAAGAAGAUCUACUAUGAUGCAUCCAAAAAGGCCAUUAAUCGCGGUGUACUAUUUCGAGGUUUAUAUCAAGGAGUUGGACCUGUGAUUUUAGUGACGAUACCUUCAUCAGGAGCAUUUUUCACCACAUAUGAAGGAAUAAAAUCCGUUCUUACCAAAGCAAACACAAGUAUCAGUGGGGACAAUACACCACUGUUACCCCAACCUUUUGUUCACAGUGCAGCGUCCGCCGUAGCAGAACUUGUGUCUUGCUUUAUCCUCACGCCUGCGGAGGUAUUGAAACAGAAUGCACAGAUGAUCCGUCGACCAGCGCACUCUUCAACAUCUGGAGCCUCUGUCACAUUGCAGGCACUGAAGCAAUUCAAAAGACCUUCGCAACUAUUCACAGGAUAUACCGCGUUAGCUGCCCGAAACCUGCCGUUUACCGCAAUGCAGUUCCCCAUGUUUGAGCACUUGAAAGAGUCGCUUAAAAGCUAUAGGAAACAGAAUGGAACUAUGAGUGGUUCACUACUCGAAACAGCCACGAUAACGGCAGUUAGUGCUGGAAGUGCCGGAUCUAUUGCAGCCAUCAUCACCACUCCAGUUGACGUAGUGAAAACUCGGAUUAUGCUCGCAGCAUCAGGAGAGGAUUCCGCAAACGAGGCAAAGAAGAAGAUAGAGGAAGCCAAGAAGAAGGGCCAAUCUCUCGACAAGCUUGGAGGGAUAAAAAAAGGCAGUUUGACUAUUGCCCGAGAAGUGAUUGCGGAGGCUGGGGUAAAAGGCUUGUUUCGAGGUGCGCUGUUGAGAGCAGGCUGGACAGCUUUGGGUAGCGGCCUUUAUCUAGGGGUUUAUGAAAGUGGAAGGGUCUGGCUGGGAGAUCGACGGGAGGCUAAUAACGACGGAGACGAAUAA